UCGCAGCCGGCGGCGGGACCGCCACAGCCCGACCGGCCAUGAACUCGGGACCCGAGCCCCGGACACCCCGGACACUAUUCAGCAUCGCAGACAUCCUAGGCCCGCGCAUGGUUCCCCGAGGACCUUCUACGUCUCAGCUUCCAGAGGCGAGCCCUGGUCCCACGUCGCCUCUGUGCGCGCUGGAGGAGCUGACCAGUAAAACUUUCCGCGGACUUGACGGGCACGCUCCAGAGUCCUCUGAAGGCCGCGCCCCGGGUGCGCUGGGUCCUGGCCCGGCCGGCCGCAGACGGCGAAAGUCACGCACGGCGUUCACCGCGCAGCAGGUGCUGGAGCUGGAGCGACGCUUCCUCUUCCAAAAGUACCUGGCGCCUUCCGAGCGCGACGGGCUGGCGGCGAGGCUCGGUUUGGCCAAUGCGCAGGUUGUCACGUGGUUCCAGAACCGGCGCGCCAAGCUCAAGCGCGACGUGGAGGAGAUGCGCGCGGACGUGGCCUCGCUGAGUGCGCUGUCCCCCGAAGUCCAGUGCCGCCUCGAGCUGCCGGAUGGCGCCCCAGGCCCCGGACCCGGCCCGCCUGACUCCGGGGCCCACCUGUCAGAAGAGGAGAUUCAGGUGGACGGCUGAAGGCAAAGCCGCCGCCAGCGCGCCCUGGCUCUGGGGCCCCGGACUCCUCACCUCGUGCCCCGCGCCCUGACCGGGUUCCGGGGUGGAGGGAGGGUGUGGAUCCGGCCUCCUCCGGCUCACAGUCCAGACGCUCACUUUUCCCAAUUGUUGAGAAUAAAAUUGAGACUCAGUCGCACCAGGCCUCAAUCCCGCCGGCCCGGAGCGGUAA